AUGACUCGCUUAGCGAUUAUCACUGGAAGCUCACGAGGUAUUGGCCGGGCCAUCGCCAAGCGCCUUGCUCAGGAGGAAGGCCUGCAGGUCUUGGUUACGGCACGCACACCUGAGGCAGCUAAAGAGGCUGCCGAUUCAAUUAGUAAAGAGGUGGGUAGCACCGAGCACCCGGCGCUUUGGCAUGCGCUAGACUUGCUGCAGCCGGACACGGUAACCAAGUUCCGCGACUAUGUCAAGUCCCUGAAGCGCCCCGUCGAUAUUUUGGUCAAUAAUGCUGGUAUGGCCUACAAAGGAGACGCAUUUGACGAGAAAGUUGCCCGCGAAACCGUUGGGUGCAACUACUACGGAACGAAGCUCGUGACUGAGGCUCUCUUGCCCUACAUUCAGCCUGAUGGGGGUCGCAUUGUGUUCGUUUCAUCCAGGGCUGGCAAUUUUGACAAGAUAACGAAUGCUGAGCUCCGAGAGCGUCUUCUGGGAGCGCGCACCGUCGAGGAAUUGGAUGCUCUCGCCGAGGAUUUUGUGCGCUCUGUGGGGGAUGGCUCCUAUGCGCAGCACGGAUGGCCGCGUCAAACGUAUGCGGUGAGCAAAAUGCUGGAAACCAUGUACGCCGUAAUCCUAGCGCAGCGGCUACGCUCGAUACAUCCGCAUGUGCUCGUGAACGCCAUGUGUCCUGGCUACGUGAAAACCGACAUGACAUCUCAUCGGGGUGUGAAGACUGUCGAAGAGGGCGCAGAUACAGCGGUGUUUCUCGCGUUGCUACCGCGCGAAGCGGAGCAAGAACCGCAUUUGUAUAGCGGAUGCUUCUGGGCAGAGCGGCAGCGACUAGAGCUGCGUGCCCUUGGCCCAGUCGUCCGGUAA